AUGGGUAAUUCACAGACGAAAGAGAGCCGACCGUCUGCGAAUCGCCGAAGCCAUCAAUGGGGCUCUUCAGGGGGCCACGGAAGGUCGCCGUACGGUGAACGGCAUCAUGGUGAAGGUUCAAGAUCAACACGGGGUAGUAGGCCUGAUCUCUCCAUCCUCGGAAUCGGCGGAAGCUCGGAUCGGGAUGUAACAACUCUUGAGCAUCGGCGGGAGACAAGACAAGAACGAGAGGCUCGUCGACUGGAAAAAGAACGAGCGGCUCGCGUUAAGGAACGGGAACGUAGUAUGAAGGAGGAGCACGUGGAUGGGGGUUAUUUGGUGACGCAAGGUGUCUAUACGGGCACGGAGGACUUUAAUAAAGCCGUUGUCCGGCAACUUAUGGUCGAACGAAGGAUUGCACCUUUUUGGCGAGGGAUUAAUGACUUCUCAAAUUCCUGGACUGAGCAUCAGCUCAUGGCGGCGGCGCGCGGCCUUCCCAUACCUCCCCCUGAUGAAAUCCCUCCGCAGUUGGAAUACAAAGACCCUAAUAAGCCUACAAGUGAUGCGAAAGACUCGACAGAAAUGCAUGGAAUCCAGCAUUUAACUGUUCCGAUUACAUCGAGGUCACAGUCCUAUGGCUCCGAUGGGUCACAUUCGUCUAACCCAACCCAUUCCUUACCCUCCACGUCUCCAAUCACCUGCACCACAAGCACACCAUUAUUCCGAACCCGCGCAAAGACACUUGCCUCACUCAGUACCUCGAAACACGGGGCUCAGACUGAUCUAGCUCCCCGAGAGAUGCAGCUUCCUCAGGACCCAUUUGUCAACGGUCUGCUCAUAGAGGCGUAUCUCUAUAAAGAUGCAAGCGAAUGCCCUAUCUGCUUCUUAUACUACCCUCCUUACUUGAACCGUACGAGGUGCUGCGAUCAGCCCAUCUGUUCUGAAUGUUUUGUUCAAAUUAAGCGCCCCGACCCUCAUCCUCCAGAGCACGGGGAGACUGACCAAAGUGCCCCAGCCGGGCAUUCCGAGAACGACCGUUCCGAUAAUCCAGAUUGCCAGCUCGUCUCAGAACCUGCAGCAUGCCCUUUUUGUGUGCAACCGGAAUUUGGCGUGACUUAUGCACCCCCGCCCUUCCGCCGAGGACUAACAUAUGCUCCUGACCCAAGCGCACGGCCUGACUUCACCUCUCCGUUAUCUUCCACCUCUUCACUCUCUUCUGGAAAUCCUACUACCGCCGUGGGUCGUCGGCGCGCUACUUCGUUGUCUGCCAAUGACCCUGCUGUUAUCACAACUGACAGGGUCCGCCCUGAUUGGGCUCAGAAGUUGACAAAUGCGAGAGCUCAUGCUGCACGAAGAUCCGCGGCUGCAACUGCUCUCCACACUGCUGCGUAUCUGAUGAAUUCCAACCCGGCAGGAAACGAGUCGCGGAAUUUCGGCCUCGGACGACGGGGUGUCAUGCGGAGAGCACCGGAAGGGCAAAGUACUACGAGCCGCACGGGGUCUCCCGCAUUACAGGCGUUUGCUUUUCUUACAGAUCGACGCGGUGCUGGAAACGAAACGGAUUCUACGGAGGAUAAUGCGGGCGCCUUAGCACCGCCACGAAACAGCUCCCGACGGAACCGCAUUGAUGAUUUGGAAGAAAUGAUGAUGAUGGAAGCGAUUCGAUUGAGCCUGGCCAGUGAAGAUGAGCGCCGCAAGAAGGAGGAGAAGGAAAUACGGAAAGAGGCCAAGAGACGCGAAAAGGAGGCCAAGAAAGCGGAGAAGGCCGCCCGAAAGACCGGACUGUACAGCAACAAUGCAAGCAGUUCCGCUCUGGAUGUGCCUACGGGACUAGGAAGGGUUAUUAGCAGCUCCUCCUCUGUCGCCGCCGAAGAAGCGGCGGCCACUGGCAAGGGUAAAGAGGUGGACCGCCAUUGCCCUGGUGAGCCGGUUGGCGGCGUUGCUGCCUCAGAUAUCUCAACUCCGGUACAAGCUCCUCCCGCAAAUAGGGAAAGUCAACCUCCGUUGUUGCCGCUUCUCCCGGCCAUCUCAUCUUUGACCAGGGAGAUUCCCAGGCCGUCCCACCUACGUAACGUGUCCAGUGCGUCCUCGUUCUCUUCCCUCGUUGAGUCGAUAUCGGAAGAUCAUCCCGGGGCCAGCGAUGCGAGCAGUCCAUCCCCCGAGCCGCUCUUCAAUUUCCGAAGCUUGGCAGCGGUUAUUGGGGAUGAGGAGAAGAGGGAAGAAUCCAUCGAGCAUGUGGAAAAUGCGUCGCCCAAGCCACCAGCAGAAUGUUCGGGCUCGCGCUCUCCUGCUACGGCAACAUCCAAAUCCGACGAGCCUUUUGUGUCUGGAUCCGCAGCGGGCGUGGGGUCGGAGACUACACCGGACAAGAAUCGGGAGAAUCUGAUGGCUAAAGAGCUGGAUAUGCAAUCGGUCGAGAUUAUGGAUGCUAAUGAGAACGCGAGCGCCACGUCCUGA